AACCUUUCCAAAGAACACAGUGGCAUUGGAAUACUUACCUUGAACAACUCCCGACUAAUGAAUGCCUUCACAGUGGAGAUGAUUCUGCUGCUGUGGUCUUUCUUAUUUCUUAUUUCAUUUUGCCUCUACUGCUUUGGAAACAUAAGGAAUGUUUUCAAGAAGUAGCAAGACUAAGGUGAAGGUCCUUUACAGAGUGUUCAUUCUUCGACCUGGUGCUAACAUGCUUCCUUUGUAAGGAGCUACAAGGAAAACAAGCAGGAAGAAAGAAUCUUCCACAUCAGGAUGGAUGCUAUCAGGUCAUUUUAAGACAAGAAAAGAACAGUAUGCGCAGACAUUGGGUCAAAAAACCCAAGAGUUGUAGAAGAAAGGGAAAGAUUACUUGAGAUAUUAAUCUGAGGCAUGCUUGCAUCUGAAAAAGACAGUCCUGUCCACUUACAUCUUUGUCUAAGGAGAGUGGUGCUCAGAGUAGUUUUUUGAAAUUAAUUUCAGUAAAUGUUUUGCCUUAAGAGUACAUGAGAGUCACAUGCGUUCAUAGAGAAAGAUCUUAUAGUUCACAUUCUGUAAAUUCAAUUGGUAUGGAGGAUAGGAAAUGGGGUAUGGUUUUAAACUAAAAGAGGGUGAUUUAGGUUUAACAUUAGGAAGAGGUUUUCUAAUGUGAGGGUGGUGAGGCUCUGGAACAGGUUGCCCAGAGAAGCUGUGGUGCCCCAUCCCUGGAGGUGUUCAAGGCCAGGCUGGAUGAGGUCCUGGGCAGCCUGAUCUGGUGGGUGGCAGCCCUGCCCAUGGCAGGGGGCUUUAAGGUCCCGUCCAACUGAAUGAUUCUAUGCUUCUGUGAUUCUAAGAUGCUGCUAUCUAGGACUAGCUCUAGAAACAUGAGUAUAGAAACUCAUGUCAGAAAGGAUUGUGGCCUGUAGAUGAAAACCCUUUUGGGUUCCAGACAGGAAAGCUGGUGAGGGAGUAAUAAUGUAAUUAGCUGUGUGAUAGAGAUUGGGAAAGUUGUCCUCGUUAGUUGGUCAGUCAGCAACAACUGAACAGGUUUUAAUCGUAUGUUAAUGUGUAGUAGAUUAAAAACAGAGAUCUGUAACUGGAAGUGAGAGCUUUUCUUGCUGAAGAAUUAAUUCUUUUGGAUGUCAAAUGUUAAUUCACACUUCACUAUUAUGCAGGAGAAGAUAAAAAGAAUGAGAGACAUGGAAUGUUGCAGUAAUGGAUCAAAUUCUAUAUAUCGUUGAUGAAGACUGUAGGUACUAUGAUGCUAGAACUCCAGGAGAGAGUAACUGAACUGGAAAACUGGAAGGAUGGCAAAGGCCUUAUCAUCUGUGGUGCAGGAAACACUUUUUGUUCAGGAUCUGAUUUGAAUGCUGUCAAAGCAAUAUCCAAUUCCCAGGAUGGGAUGAAUAUGUGCAUGUUUAUGCAAAAUACCUUAACCAGACUCAUGAGGUUGCCAUUGAUCAGCAUUGCACUAAUCCAAGGAAAAGCUCUUGGAGGAGGAGCGGAACUUACCACAGCAUGUGAUUUCAGGUUGAUGACGCCAGGCAGUGAGAUUCGAUUUGUCCAUAAGCACAUGGGCCUGGUGCCAGGCUGGGGAGGAGCCGCCAGGCUGGUGCGAAUCAUUGGCAGUAGAGCUGCCCUCCAGCUGCUGAGCAGGGCUCAUGGGGUGGACCCUGAGAGAGCACUGCAUCUCGGACUGUCAGAGGGGACCUUGUCUUCUUCAGAUGAAACCGGAUCGCUAGAAGAAGCUCGAGCCUGGCUGAGUCAGUACACAGAGGGUCCAGCUAGUGUGAUACAGGCUGUGAAAAAGGUGGUCACGGCUGGAAGAGAACUGCCACUGGAAGCUGCCCUAAGGACAGAGAAGGAUGUUUUUGGAACUGUGUGGGGUGGGCCUGCCAAUUUGGAGGCACUGACUAGAAGACAAAAGCAUAAAUAAUGGCCAAUACAUAAUAAAUAUUCUUGAUAUUUUACACACGAAGCUUUCACAAAAGCAGACAAUAGAUUGAAUCGUUUAAUGCCAGUUUAAAGGAGCAAGUUCUUAGCAUUCCUGUCGUUCACGUCUGGCAGACUUAUUUGGUGUGCAACCACAGAGUAAUCCCCAGAAGAUCCUUUACUGUUCUAAUCACCCACUGAAUGGAGAUUAGUGAAAUUCGUACGUAAAGGUAAAUACUGGGCUUAGAACAGAAUAUAAUUAUUUUGCAAUGAGGCUGAAGAUUAUUUUCUUUGGAAUAAUUUUUUUUUUUCUAACUGAUAUAGAAAUGAAUUGUGUGAGAGAUGAGAGGUUUCUUUAUUUACAGAACAGGUGUGCCCAAAGCUAUAAAAGCUGAAUUCCCCAACACGUGGCCCGUGCCUUAAAGCAACUUCGAAGCUUUGGUAACUGGUGAGAGUAUCGUUUUUUCAUCUUCAGUCAGUUCUUGGUAUCAUUGUUCAGAAAGUAUACAAGGAUGUGUUACUUUCUAGUGAUGUGAUUUUUACAGAAAUAGUUCUAACUCACUGAAGAGCUUGUAGCCCUUGUUUGCUGUUGUGGAUCCAGAUCUUUAAACGCAUUUAAGUGUCUACUCACAGCUUUGAAACCAGCCACCAACAUACGCAUCUGUGCAUUCCCACAGCCCGGGUCUGUGCUGCUGAGCACAUGCAAAGCUGCUGACCUCAUUUUUCACUUUGAAUCUUCUUGAAAUUUUAGAAGCCUGUGGUGUAUAAUGCUCCCAAAUAAGAUUUUUUUAAACUGGAUGCUCUCAGUACUUCAGCAUUCAUGGGAGACUUGUCUGGAAAGGCUUGUUUUCCUUUUACUAAUAGAGCAUAUUCGGGCUGUGGAAGACCAGAUCGCUUGGAACUCAAUAACCAUGUGUAUGGGAACUGUUGGGUCACGGCCUGAUCCACUGAUUGAGCACCUGGUGAAGGAACGUAGCCAGCCCUGGGAGCACAGGUGGAAGCAAUUCACCAGUGUAACCAGGAGGAGUGAACCCAGGGUCUGCCCCUCCCUAACCUCAUUUAAGGGCUGGCAGACAAAAGGGAAGCAUCUGUGCUUGAAGAUCAUCUCCUUUGGGAAUUUCUAGGGAGCCCUGAUCUUUGGAAAAGGGGUAAGCUAUUUCUUCUUUAUUACUGGAUUGUGACCGGUAGCUUUCUUGGGUGAUUCAAAACUGAUUAAAGGCAACUAUAUCAACUGUCACCUUUCUUACACCAUGCUAGCAACUGUGUGAAUUACUAGAUAACUCAGCAGGGAGAGUUUUCCCUUUAGAAAUCAGAAACUGAGACAGAAUCCCUGCUUUGGCUGAUGAUUAUUCACUUAGAAUGCAACAUCUGUGAGAGCAGAAACAUACAGGCAUAUCCAUAACUGAGGAUUUCCUGUACAGCUGAUUAGAAAGCCCUAGUCUCCCAAUUCAGCUAUGAUGAGGGCUGGACCUGGGAUCUAUGUACCCCGGGGGAGCAUGUUAAGGAGGAAACUCUGGACUAUUUGGCAUGGCUGUGCAUUCUUGCUCUCACUAAGCAUAACUAAGUACGUGGUCCAAAGUUCCUUAGGAAAUGAAGUGAUUCCUUGCAUGGAAGUCCAUAUUAUGAUUUUCACAGUGUGGCAGAAUUACCAAGCUUGACAUGGUGAGGAAACUGUAUGUAGGUUUGGGGAUCUCGGGACGGAUCAGUGAUGGGGAUCAGGCCUAGUUGGUCUGUUAAGAUUCUGUAGCUUUUGAGUAUAUGCCAUAUUCUGCUGAGUAUUUUAUUAUAUGGCUUUCACAGUGGGGAGUGUCCAUAGCCUGAAACAACCAAAAGAAAAGGAAUGCUGAAGAAAGGCGUGUGUUUUGAGCUGGCACCUUGCAAAAGAUAAGCAACUUUGCCCUGUUGAUCCCUCCUUUCUGCCUUUGCACGUUAUACUACUUUUGGAGGAAGAUUUCACGCCUUCCUAUCCUAAUGUUUCUAAAUUUUACUUCCAAGUUAGAGAAGAGAUGGGAACAGGAACGUACAGAGAGGGCAUUGUCUAUUAUGUGCUUUCUCUCCUCCCUUUUUUUUAUCUAGCAGCUCAUUGUUUGAUAGUCCUGUGCUGCUGCGUGUUUUCUUAUACUCUGAAGGGUUUCAACCCCAUGACUUAAGAAGUAAGGAUGUUGUAAUAUAGAAUAUUUGAUUCACUAGUAAUGAAGCUGAUGCGCUUUUCAUGAAGUUUCUCAAGUUUCCUGAGGGAUUCCAGACUGCCCAUAUCUUCGUACCUUCAAAGCAUUGUCCAGUCCAUAUUCACCCCCCCCCCCCCCCCCCAAGCCCUACUCAACUUUAUGAAGCGAUAGCACCUCACAUUAUCAGUCAAAAAAAUACGUGCUUUGCUGUUGCAAAUAUUGUGAUCUUUUUAUUUUUUUAAUGGCUGUGAACAUUACUUAGAACCUAAGAAAGACCACUUGUAUCUUUUUCUUUCUUAAUCCAGGUGUCAGGCUAUAAGGCCCAUUAGUAUAUUCUGUGAGCUUAAUGAUACAAAUUAGAAAGGUAGGAAACUGCAGCAGAAAUGCUGCAUCUGUUUUAUGCAUAUAGCUUGAACUAGACCUGUGCUGUCAGUAAGUGAAACUAGGUAUGUACGUACGUCCUGUAUGUGCAGGAGUUCUCUUUCCAGUUUGAUUUGUAGGCAUGGAGCUUCUCGUUUCAGCAAAUGCCUUUCUCCAGCAAUCCUCAGUGUUUGUUUCUAAGAACAGGACGAGUCAUUAACUGGUGCUAGGAACAGCCAAGAUGCUUUCAGAAAAGGUUACAGGAAACUCAUCUUGCUCUCUCAGUUGGAAUCACAAAUACACCAAACUCUACUGUAGGAGAUUCUCGUAAUUAUAGGUGUUAGCUUUGAUCACAGAUCUGGUGCACGGCCCAAUACUGUGUUAUUCUUCAUUUUAAAAAUAAGUACAGUCCUUAUUAUGAAAACCAGCCCAACUAAAUUGCUGUGGUUGCUAUCAUGGGGGCUCCAGACUGAGAUGAAAUGGAACCCCAUUUUAGUAAUUUCAAACCUAAGUGGUCAAUUUGAGAGCACUUGCUUGUCAUCCUGAAGUGCCAAAUACCUGCAGCCAGCAGCUAAUAGGCAGUUGUAUUUUCUUUAAGUUUAUUAAAGACUACAUGCUUCUUCUCCUUUAGAACUGAUCUAAAACUGAACAGGCACCAAAUGCACAAAGUGAAUUAGAGACCCAAUUCAGAAUUGGUCCUCCCCGGUCUCCUAAUUAAAAGGAGUACUAGCUUCUGUAUUUUCUAGGGGCUAGUUUGCCAACUCUCUCCUCAGCAAACAAGGUUUUGUAUUCCACUGUGAAAUGCCUGUCCUCUGUGUAUUGGGACGCUCUUGAGUAUUUAAAGUGUGUGGAUUCUUGUUGAAAGCUUGAAUACUGUCACACUGGGGAUCACUUCUAGCAAUAUUGAUACUUCCCCAUAUUUGCUGCUACCCAACCUUUGGCAGGAAUAUACUUACCAAAUGAAGAGCCUAGGUAAGCUAGGUGUUCUUGCUGAACACCUGCUUCGUUGAAGAAAAAUAUGUGCAGUGUAGCUGUAGCUUGGCUAAAAUAGAUACAGAACAAGUUUCCUACUGAAGGUAAUGGUUUAAAUAUAAGGUGGGAAUUACUGGUUGCUACUUCUUCCUAGCAUGAUCUGGGAGUUUGCCACUCUGAUGAUUAGCUGUUAAGCUCCCAUCGGCCUUACUUUAAUUUUAGUAAUUCACAGCUGCAGUCAACCCUGGGGAGCCAAAAGCAAUAUGAUGGGUGUUUGGCCUGAACAGAAGUCUGCUUCUGCUUUGGUCAAAAACUCUAGUGGAUAAUCACUGAUAAAAUUCAUUGUGUGUGUGUGUGUGUGUAUAUAUAUAUAUAUAUACACACACACACACACACACACAUAUAUAAAUAUAUACAUACGUAUAUCCUGAAACUCCUCAAAUUAAGUAUAUAGCAAGUCCUGAACUUUGCAUCUUGCUUUAACAGGGCAUGACUGUUGUAGUAGGCGAGUUAUUUCAUGCUAAGUGAAAUACUGGAAGCUUUCUUACUGAAUAUUUUACAGCACAAAUUUAGACUUUGAUUAGAGCUAGCGUAUGGUAAAACAAAACAAAAAGGUGAUGGCUAACAAAUGAAAGUAAAAAGCACUCCAAACUCUUUCCUUCCAAAGGUCACAUUACUGGCUUAGUUCUUGAUAGAACUAGAAGGUGAAAAUCUGUGACCAAGAUCACCCCUUCCUAGCUGAGAAAGCAAGAAAUACUCUUUCACCUGUCUCAGUCUCCUGUGCAGUUUCCUUUGUUCACUGACCCACUGUCUCACCUGUGGGCAGAGAAGUCAGGAAUGGAUACAGCUUCACCCAAGAAAAUGCAUGUCAGCCUUUGUUACUGUAAGAAAGUUUUAGAAACUUAAGUUUACCAUUCUUAAAAGCCAGCCCAUUUAGUUCUCUUCAAAUGAUCGUAUACCUACAGCACCUUUUUGUUUGAUAGUUGGGAAUACAUAAGAAUCAGCUUUCAGCCCUUUCUAUUCAGGAACACGUGCACCAAGAACUAGGUUAGUUUAAUUAGCUUUAUUUUAAAGGUUGAGCCCAAUGAGCAAAUGUUUCUCAUUUUUUUUUCAAUUGCUAUAAUAAAGACAAGUUGUACUUAA